AUUGAAUCCGUGCUUUUGUAUUAAACGCCAUAAAUCAACUUACUUUCUACCUUUGUAAGAGCUUAAAAAUGGUGGUAAAAACUGUCAAUAAUAGUUAAAAUUCUUGGGUGACCACAGCUAUACAUAUGUAAUUCGUAACCUACAAAAUGUUUUGUUUACUUUUGCGCCAAACGCGUAAUUUCCGUAAAUUAGUUUUUAAGCAAGUUUUAAAUUCACACGUUUAUACAGUCAGCAAUGCAUUGCAUACAACAAGACUGCUACGACACGGCGAAUAUGAAUGGAAAGAUCCCAAGUCGCCGGACGAAAUCGUCAACAUAACAUACGUUGACAAGGACGGCAAACGCACCAAGGUUCAGGGAAAGGUGGGCGACAACGUUCUCUAUCUGGCGCACCGGCACGGCAUUGAGAUGGAGGGCGCCUGUGAGGCGUCUCUAGCCUGCACAACGUGCCAUGUGUAUGUGAAAAACGACUAUCUCGAAAAGCUGAACGAGGCAGACGAAAAGGAAGAUGACCUGCUGGACAUGGCGCCCUUUCUGCGAGAGAACUCCCGCCUCGGCUGUCAAAUAGUACUCGAAAAGAGCAUGGAGGGCAUGGAACUGGAGCUGCCCAAGGCAACACGUAAUUUCUACGUGGAUGGGCACAAGCCGAAACCACAUUAGUCGAACGUUGUUUAUUAUCGUUAUCGUAUGUCGAGAGAGUCAAAUAAAAGAGUAUUUUGAGUA